UCAAAGUUAUGUAAGACUAUCCGAGUAUUUAUUUGCGUCUGACCUAGAGGAUUCAGUGCAUGUGUACAUUUUAAACACAACCAACAAGAAGUGAUUUUAUAUAUCACUUAAAGAUAUGUAUACUCAAUACAUAUACUUAGGAACCUCAGUGUACACUCCACUUUUAUUGGUUUCAUCGUUUCUCCUGGUAUGGAUCAUUUAUCUAACAAGAAGAGAUGAGAGAAAAUGCUCUGAUGCCCCGGGUCCAAUGGCGUGGCCAGUGCUCGGAAAUCUUCCAAGUCUCGGGAAGAAACCUCACAUAUAUUUGACAGAGCUCAGGAAAAAAUAUGGUGACGUUUAUCAGAUCAUGAUGGGAAGUAGACCGACUAUUGUCAUAAACGGACUUUCUGCAAUCAGAAAGGCGACCGUUAAACAAGCGGAAGAAUUUGCCGGGAGACCAGACUUUUAUACAUUUAAAUUUCUUGCAAACGGGAAAAGUAUGGGAUUUAGUGAUUAUGGACCAAGAUGGAAACUGCACAGAAAAAUUGCACAGAACAGUCUAUCGUCUUUCACAAAUAAGAGGAACAGUCCAAUCGAACAGGCCAUUAUUUCCGAAGCCGAACUCUUAACAAAGAAUAUGCUAUCAUCCGAAGGAAAACCUAUAAAUCCACACAAUGAAAUCUAUCUUUCCGUUGGAAACAUUAUUUGUGCACUUUGUUUUGGUAAAAGAUAUCAGAGAGACGAUGAAGAUUUUGUAUUUUUAGUGAAAAUGAACGACAAAUUCAUGGCAACAAUGGGUGCAGGUAAUCCCGUAGACAUUAUGCCGUGGAUGCGCCAUUUUACAAAACGAUCUUUCAAUACAUUCCUUGGUAUACUAAAAACUAUGGAUAAUUUUAGUUUGAAAAAGAGACAAGAACAUCUUGAUACUUAUAACCCAGCCAAUCUUCGCGAUGUUACGGAUGCAUUAAUCCGGGCUACGGAAGAAAUACCGGAAGAGGCAAAAUCCGCCGUGGGACUAACAGAUGAACAUAUACUUUUAACGGUCCAAGAACUAAUUGGUGCUGGUUUUGACACCAUUGCUAGUACGCUACAAUGGAGUGUGCUAUUUAUGGUAACUCAUCCAGACAUUCAAGAAAAAGUUCAUCAGGAAAUUCGAGCGUAUGUUGGGAUGGACCGAUAUCCCGAAUUCGAGGAUCUCGAACAUCUUCCGUUCACAGAAUGUACGAUAAUAGAAACCAUGCGACACUCUUGUAUAUUCCCGUUUGCUCUCCCACAUAGCACAACUAAAGACACUGUUUUGAACGACUAUUUUAUACCAGAAAAUACUUUAAUUUUCCUAAACCUCUGGUCCGUUAAUCAUGACCCAAAGGUGUUUCCAGAGCCACAGAAAUUCAAUCCGUACAGAUUUCUAGGUGAAAACAAGAAGUCUGUGAACAAAGUUGAUUUGUUCUUACCGUUCGGCGCUGGAAGAAGAAAAUGUCCUGGUGAACAGUUAGCUCAUAUGGAACUUUUCAUAUUUUUUGCCACAAUGUUACAACGUUGCAAAUUCUCCGUAGUCCCGGGCAAAGUUCCCGUUAUUGACAGUAAAUAUGGACUAACAUUAAAACCGUUGGAUUUUGAUGUACUUGUUGAUCACAGAUAAGUAACUUUCAGACUUGCAACAGUAUUAUACCUUUUAAAAAUUAUUAUAGAUAUAAAUAAAUUUAA